GGAAGAUUCUGCAUCCAGUUCAGUCUCCAUCAUGUGAACUACUUCUAAGCAAGUUGCAGACUGACUGACCGACUCAGCAUAUCAUUGCUCCAAGUACCCAAACAGUGCGCCCUGUUAUUAGCUGUAUCAUAUUUUGUCACCUGGUGCAUCUGUGUCUCAGUGACAAUGUAGUAGUAGUACAAUGAAGCCAGGCAAGUAGGGGGUAUUGUGUCUUUGUAUGCCAACAGCGUAUCCCUAAGAAUUUCGAAUGGAGGUCAAGUCUUAUCUCUGCGCUGUUCUUUCUGAAGAAGCAAAGUUCUCAUAUGCAUCUUACAAAUGCUCUGAUAUCCACAAAAUUUCUUUCUCCCUGAUACUCUCAUAUGCAUCUCCAAAUGCUCUGAUAUCCACAAGAUUUCUUUCACUCUGAUACACACAUAAAUCCAUGGCUGUGGCUGCUGCCGCAGCACUCGCGUUUACCGGGAAGUCGGUCGCAACUGCAACCAUAUCCUUCUGGCUCAACAAGGCUUUCACCUGCCUGACUGAGUAUUGCAAGGCUGAAGGUUUGGAAGAUGUCAAGAAAAGGGUACUGAAGUCAAUGAACAAGGUCAAGGCUGUGCUCAUGGUAGUGGACACCGAAAACAUCAAGGAAAAGAGCACUGAUCUUGAUGCAUGGCUGUGGGACUUCAGGGAUGCAGUCGAGGAGGCCGAGGACGCGAUCGACGAGCUUGAUUACUACGAGCGCAGCGAGAAGGCAAAUGAGCACAAGGUUAGUGACUGGGGCUCCUCUUUUUCAAAGAUGAAGCAUAAAGUAGUCAGAUCCGUUAAAAAUGUUAGCAUUUUGGAUAAGACUGCAAAGCAAUUUACUCGCCGCAGCACACUCAAGAGGCUGAGGAAAGCUAUGGAGAGUUUAGACAAGGUUGCUUCAGACAUUCUGCCUAUUCUCAACGUUGCUGAACAUCUCAUGGGCAUUCCUUCUGGAAGUCAGACGCAGGUGGACUGGAUGAACGUCAACGACCGUGUUACAGGUUCAACAUUAUCUGAACCUUACUUCGUUGGGCGAGAAACGGAGAAGGAAAGGAUACUCCAAUGGUUAGCCAAGACAUCAGAUGAAGAUUCUGAAAUUGUGAUGAGUAGUAACCAUAUUCCUAUUCUUUCAAUAGUUGGUCAUGGUGGCAUGGGGAAGACCACUUCAGCUCAACACAUUUGUCAACAAGAUGAUGUUAUGAGUUUCAGGGUCAUAUGGCUAUGCGUGUCGACGAGAUUUGACGUAACACUUAUUACAAGAAAAAUAUUCGAGUCUCUUACAGGGGCAAGACCUAGUGCAGAUGAUUUUGAUGCGGUCCAGCGGAAUAUCAAGCAGCAGCUUAUGUAUGGUAAAUUUCUCCUUAUUUUAGAUGAUGUUUGGGAAGAUAAGAAAAAAGAUGAAUGGGAGAAGGUAUUUGCUCCUUUGAGGGAAGGUAUUACGGGGAGCAAAAUUUUGGUAACAACUAGAAUGAGAUCAGUAGCAGAUAUGGCUGCGAAUGCAAUGGGUGUUAAAAGAGAGUAUCUUGAAUUGGAAGGGCUGCAACAAGCUGAAAAUGUUAAACUCUUCAACCAUCGUGUCUUUUCUGGUCUGAAUCCACAAAACUAUGAAGAAUUAAUACCAAUUGGUGACCAAAUUGCAGAGAAGUUGGACGGGUGUCCCUUGGUAACCAAGGUUGUCAGUGGUCAUUUACAGUGCAUCAUGAGUCCUGAUUACUGGGAUGGGUUCUUGCGAGGUAGUCUGGAACGUUUCAAAGGAACUGAAGAUGGUAUUAUGGAAGCCCUCCGAUUAAGCUACAGCCACCUACCAACAUAGCUUCAGAUUUGCUUUCGUUAUUGCAGUUUGUUCCCGCAUGGCUAUGAAUUUAAAAAGAAAGAUUUAGUGCUAAUGUGGAUGGGUUCAGGAUUGAUCUCACUAGCUGGAAAAGCUAGAAAACAGUUCAGAAGGCCUGAAGAUUUUGGAGAGCUAAUCUUGUCUCAGUUAACUAGCAAAUCAUUCUUUGAAAUGAAAUUCAAAGUAGUUCCAUAUAGUCAGAGAAAAGAAGAGUAUUAUGUAAUGCAUGACUUGGUGCCUGAAUUGGCCAUCUAUGUGUCAUCAGGUGAAUGUGCAGCAAUAGUUGAUUCUACCAUGUUAGAAGAUGUUGAGGGCACCAUUCGGCACCUACGUAUUGCAUCGAUUGACAAAUUACCUAUAGAAGAUGUCAAGAAAAUCACGCAUUUUAAGAAUCUUCGCACUAUUAUUAUUGACGGUCCAGGUCUCAUUAACAAGGAUAUGUUACAUACAGUUGAGAAUGUGAUAGAGAACUCAAAAUCCUUGCGUCUACUGCGAUCGAAUUUGGAGAAUGCUUUCCUUCUUCCUAAACUUGCUGAUUUGAAGCACCUUCGUUAUAUACAUCUGCAUAGGAUAUCGUCCAUGGGAAUAUGCGGACUUGCCAAACUUUAUCAUUUACUGCUCAUUGAUUGUUUGACUGAUCGGGGGGAAGAACAAAGACAAACAAGGUACAUAGGGAACAUUGAUCAGUUGCGCUAUGUAAAGUUUGGGCCAUCUAGAAGUGCCGAGUUUCCAAUUGGAAGACUAACUUCUCUUCAGGAGCUGCACAGCUACCGUGUACAAGGAAGUAAAGUUAACAGCAUUACUGCUGUAAAGAACUUGACGAAUCUCCUUGAACUAGAAGUAUCGGGUCUUGAGAAUGUUGAGAGUGCUGAAGAAGCUGAUAAUGCCGAGUUAAAUAAAAAGAAGUAUCUCAACUCUUUGUCGCUCUCGUGGUCAGCACGUGCUAAUGUGGAAAGCAGUAAAGAUGACUUGAUUCUUGACCACCUUGAGCCACAUGCUAGUAUUAGAAACUUGAAAAUUGAUGGAUAUUGUGGUGCAAGACUUCCUGUUUGGAUUGAGAAUGUGCACGUCACAAACUUGAUUUCACUUGAAUUCGCGAGAUGUUUGUAUUGGGAACACCUGCCUUCAUUUGGAGGACUGAAAUAUCUUAAGAAACUUUGGUUGGAGCGCCUUCCUAACCUUCAACAGAUUGGUCAGCUGUCAAAUACUAGUUGUAUUGACUCAUACCUUCCUCCCAAUCUUGGAACUUUGAUUGUAAGAUAUUGCAAACUACUGACACAGUUACCAAUCCUUCCACCCAGCUUGGUUCAUUUAGAAAUAUGUAAGGUUGGGUUGACCGAAUUACCAAUGAUAGGCAGGCUACACAGUGUGAGCACUAAGACUAGGCGAUCCAAAUUACUAUUUAUCAGUAUUGAAGAAUGUGAAAAUUUGACCUCACUUGGAGAAAGCCUUCUGUCGCAAACACAGUAUAUUGGAACUAUCCAUGUCCUACGCAUCAGCGACUGCAAAAAACUGGAGUCUGUACCCCUGUCUUUCCGAGAAAUGAGUGAGCUUAGAGAGCUUGAUAUCAGAAAUUGUCCAAGGUUGAGGAUCGUCUCAAGCGAUGUUGGCGAUAAGAUCCUGCCACCAUCUCUUGGAAAACUUGUAGUUAAACAGUGUGGUGACCUUGAAUUUGUACUGAUCGAGUCACUGCAUGGCCUUGCCAACCUUUCUGAAUUAGUAUUAGAGAACUGCCCAGGCCUGGAAUCUCUUCCCUCUGCAGACGUGUGGAAGAAUCUCAAGUCACUGAAGUUCAUGGAGAUAAUUAGGUGUGAGAAUCUCACAUCGUUUGGCGGGCUCGGCUCCCUUGGAUCCCUCAUUUCGCUGAAAAUCAGCGGUUGCAGUAAGCUCACUGAAUUAAGCUUGUCUAUGACACCACAAGAACCUGCUGCUGCUGCUGAAGGUGCUUGUGGUGGUGGUGAUGAUGAUGGUAUACAAGAGGAUAAUAUAGUGGUGCCAGCUGCCAGCUCCCUGCACGUCGACUACCUUGAAGUUGACAUCCCAUCUGUAUUGACCAUCGAUCCUCUAAAGAGUCUCUACCACACCAAAGGGCUGGUAAUUGGAGGUGGAAGGCAAAUGCAGAGCUUACCUGAGCAAUGGCUUCUGCAAAACCGCAGAAAACUUGAAUCACUGAGGGUGCAGGGUGCUAGUUUCUUGGAGUCUCUACCAGUGGGCAUGCGAGACCUCACCGCUCUCAAUUACUUGCUCCUGUCAGGUGCUGAGAAACUGCGAUCACUAGUAGACUUGCCCUCUACCCUGCGGUCACUUGAUAUCAUGGGUUGCUGUCCAGAGUUGGAGACAAAUAUUAGAGAAAAGAAUAGCCAUGAAUGGAAGAAAAUCACCCACAUUCCCAAGGUGCACAUAGUUGCCGUCAAGACUGUACAGUCCCGUCUUCACGUUUUUCAUGGUGGUUAUUACUUCAUGUACGGCAAAGAAUGUAGUGAAGAGACCUUUAUGGACGACAAUAAGCGGAGCUAAAGCAUUUUUUCACUCUUCUUAAAAUCCUGUUUAGAGGGAUAUAUUGGCUCCAACAAUGAGCCCAAUUACAGUGACACGAAGAACAACAUGAUGAUUUGCUUGCGGCGUGCUGAUUACUCGAAUCUUCGUCUCUUGAGCUGUUUGCUUCUAAGAGAUGUUUAUCUACUUUUAGGAUUGGUUUUCAUUAGUCUAAACUAAAGAAACUUUGCAUGUUUGUGUCUGCACCUGGUAUGAGUGGAGAUGCAGGUCAUCCGUUAAUGGCGUGUUAGUUGCAUUGGAUUGUGGUUCUAAUAAUUGGCCUGAUUUUACCUCACCAAGGUAAAUGAAGCUGGAUGAUUUCUACCCUUUUAUCUAAAAAAAUGCAUGCUCUUUAUUGCAA